ACUCAUGGAAAUGAGUCGCUAAUCGAUAUGUUGUUUUGGAAUGAAAAGCUCAUGUGAUAACAAUGUCUCAAGAUGAGUUCACCAUCCCGCACCGAUUCAUCGAUCAUGACCAUUACAUGAGGGUAGUAAAGAGGAUGAAGAUUAAUGCAAAAAACACAGCAGAGGCAUGCCGACGAUAUCUACUUAAAAUAGAUGAGCAACUUUCGAGUGAGAUGGCUGAUCUUAAGGCCAAGAUUGAUCAAGUGGGCUCGGAGAUUGAGUCGAACGGACAACAAAUGCUGGAGGAAUUUCGACACCGUGCUACAGAGAACGAGGGCGGGAAUCUCAACAAACUAUAUCAAGAUUUAUGCAAUUACAAAACCUCUGGUGAUGAGAUUUAUGGAGAUGAGUUUCGUAAGUUCCAAGCCGAGAAGCAAAAUUUCAUGACACAGCUUGUCGAAUUAAGAAAGAAGGAGAAGGAUAAGCUGGCAACAAUUCCUGAUCAAAUUGAGCGAUUGAAUGACAAUGUCAAAAAGAAGAUGAUGGUCUUGGAGGAUUGUAGGACUUUGGUGACGUUUGAAGCGUCAGAUGAAGAAAGGCAUCGGGCAUCAAUGUUUGUGGAAGAAGGGGGUCAAGAUCGCACAAUCACAACUACAACAGCAUCUUAAGUUCUGCCCUCAUUACUGAUGUAAAGCUGGUUAGUUGUUAAUUUAAGGGAACCAUUCGGCUUCAUUUUGAUUGGGUUGUAAAUACCCUUGCCUCUGAUUUCUACUUGUUUUUGGAACAUUUAGACGAUCUGGCCUAUGCCAUGACUUCUUUAGCUUGUCUAAAGAUUUGAUUCCUACUCAAAACACAAUCUU